AUGUACAGUUGCAAGACGUUAAUUCUUUGGCUGGUACUCAAUUUGUGCAAGAAAAAUAUCGGGGCGAAUAUUUUGGAGACUGCUACGACUAGGACUCCUCCCGUUCAAAGGACCGCUUCUGCCAGUAAUCUACACUCGUAUGCCGAUAGUCAGCUACAUGCAUUCGAAAGCUGCAACUACGACGAUUUUGCCUGUCUUUCCAUGGCCGCCAGCGAUAAGCAAGGCCUCGACGCUAUAAUCUCCUUGCACAGACAACUAGACGACGACGAAGACGGAAAUAUUGACUACGCAGAGUCUGACGAUUUCCUCAAAGAAGAACUCAAGUAUGAUCAUGGAGCUGAAAAGAGACAACGCGCCUUCCACAGAGACAACGACAUGCACAUUUCGGUAAAGGAAUUGUGGGAGGCUUGGCUCAAAUCCGAAGUCCACAAUUGGACCGUGGAAGACACUACAGGUUGGCUCAGCAAUGACGUACACUUGCCACAGUACGUGCCCAAUUUUGUUUUGCACAAAGUCAAGGGUGCCAAUUUGCCAAGAUUGGCAGUCAACAGUGGCAACUACUUAGGUUUAUUAGGCAUAAAAGAUCCCAUUCACAAACAAAAAAUCUCCCUCAAAGCAAUGGACGUAGUCCUGUUUGGACCCCCAAAAGGUGGAAUCACUUGGAAAGACAUCACGCUGGUACUAUCUUUGAUAGUGGGAGCGUUGGGUGGAGUGUUGGCCUACCAGCAAAACAAAAAAUUCAAAAACGACUUGAACCGAAUGAACCGCGACAUGGACAGUCUACAGUCUUCAGAACAAGCACUGGAAAAGUUGCAGCGGCAACUGGAGGAGGCCAAAGAGGCUCAGGACGCAGCAAUUUCCGAGAAGCAAACAUUAGAACGGAUGUUGCAGGACUCGGGAAGCGGCAGUGCUACAUUGACCAACGCCUAUUCUGAAAGCGACGUGACACAUUACAAAGAAGAGAUUAAUGCACUUAAAGCGCAAUUGGAAAUGACGCAAGCAGCUUUUAAAAAUAGUUGUUUCGUGCCGCCUGGUUUGCAGCAAUGGCUCCAGUACACGUACGAGCUGGAACAGAAAAAUUACGACAAGAAAAAAGUUUCGGCAGAGAAGCAAUUGCAACAGGCCAGAGAAGCGUGUGAGAAAUUGAAAAAGAAACGCUCCAGUUUGAUUGGCGCCUUCGUGUCCACGCAUGGUAAGGCUAUUGACGAUGUGGACCGAGCCAUAGUUCAGGCUCGCAGUGCUUUGAACGAAGUCACGUACGAGUUACAAGAGCGAGCGCACCGAUGGCGCCAAAUUGAACUGUUAUGUGGCUUUUCUGUGAUGGUCAAUGCAGGCCUGCAAGUUCUGGAGAACGUGCUUUACAGGAAACCUGCUGCUCAACAACAGGCCAGAUUAGAAGCGGGAGGCAGGAUGAAUAGCGUAGAUGAUUUGGAUAUCAACGACGAUAAUGGCUCGGUAUAUGGUUUAGGUCAUCAGCAGUAUCAAAUCUUGUCCCACAACGAAGACGAAACAUCUGAAAGUGAAAAUGGCAAGCAAGAUGAAAACGCAAAUGAAUCAACCGGUGACGGCGCCCAUUUUUCUUUCCAGAUCGGAGAUAGCCCAUUUCCUGAAGAUCCCGGUAGUACUAGCAAACGCGUUCACACCAAAUCGUCUAGCCAAUCAAAUAUCAGUUUACUUGGCAAAAUGCCGAAACCCGCAAUGACGAGAUCCUUCACUCAGGACAUUAAUGUAGAAGAGAUUGGCAAAAUAACAGCCAAAGCUUCUUCUUCUUCCGACCUGCAGCGGACUUCACCCAUUCAGGAGGCGAUACUUGUUGAAGACGAUAUUGGGUCCACUGAUUCUUCACUUAUUGAAGACUCAUCUUCAAUGGGCGACGGGAAAAAGCAGAAAAAGAGGAAAUUGUUCAAUUUUAGCAAAAAACCCAAAAAGUCGUAA